UUAUCAAAAAACUUUUUUUUACUGGAGUUGUUUUAUGGCACUAUUAUGCCUUAAUUAACUUCAUUUGAAGACGUAAUGAAGCAUCACAACAUUUAAGUACGAAGAUGAUAGGUACUUGUAGGCAUGUACACCGAUUAGGCAAAAUCGAAAAUCUAAAUUAAUUUCAAAAUCAACGAGUGAUAAUAAUUUUGAUAGAUUAUUCAUUGAGUUGAGUCAUGUGUCGCCGUUCAAACACGUUUCAUAUCCAGACGUCAUGAAAUUUAAUUUUUUAAGACUUGCGUUUUUCACUUCAUUUUUUCUACAAGAAAUCAGCACGACAUAUCAGCCAGCUACUCCCUCAAAAUACGACAUCACAAAAAUAAUAAAUGAGAUCUUUACUGGAAUAUUCAGAGAUGUCGAUUGGAGAACAAAAUUACAGUCAGCGAGUGGAACUAAAUUUUUUCAUACUUUCAACAUUGAACUACCAGCUAAAAAUACUCUCCCACAGUUUGGAAAUGAGAUCUAUUUAAACUGUAGUAUAACAACAAUUGACAUACUUGGAAUUACAAUCAAAUGGGAUUUUAUCAGAGACAAAGUGAAUAUAGAACUAGAUAAAAUCAAGUUCUCUAUCUUGGGAGAAGUGAAAGAAAAACCAUCAUUAAAUACUACAAUAAGCAGUUUCCUUGUACUUUCCUUGACAUUCAAAAAUUUUUCAAUCAGUUCUGAAAAAAAUCCAAUAAAUCAACCCGGUGAUGAAAAAAUCCAAACUGAUGUUUCGUAUGAUGGUGUAACAACUGAAAAGGGAAUCAAGGCAAGCAUUCAUCAGAGCAAAUUGUCUUACGAAGAACAACUAGAACUGAUACAUGCAAUUAGCUUACCCCUUGAAUCCGUUAUACGCGAUGGUGUUAUCAAUAGAACUAAAUUUUCUGAUCUUCUGAAUACCAUGUUUAGCCUAAAUCCACAGAAAAGAAUCACCUCAGUCGAUCCAGAUUUUCCACUCAACACCCAUCAGUAUUACUAUCUCAUACCUGAAAUACCCAUAAUUCAUGCGAGUUUGAGAAACAUCAAGAUCUUUGGACUUUGGAAUUUCGAACCUUAUUUUUACAACAAGAAAAUCACUAAUAGUCAAAGCUUCAAGUUGAUUAUAAAGAAUAUUCAUGGAAAAAUGAUUUUAGAUUCUGGAUUUAGGCAAUGGCCGCAAUUUUCAAUUAAUUUCAGUAUUCAUGAGCUCUCUAUAUCUGCCGAAGUAAAGCUCAGAGGUGUACGAGUAAAGGUACAAAACUGCAGCAUUUCUGAAGAAGUUUUAGAACCGGAUGCAUCAAUAAUAUCAUCGUGGUUAACGAAAUUUUCAACGUUUAUAAUCGAACUUUUAGAAUCAGCCGUAGAAAUAUCAAUAAUAACAUGGAUGAAUAAAGACGACUUUAGAUCAAGUUUCUCUUCAUCAAGUAUUCGUGAAGCAGAAAACUCACUCAUAGAGAUUUUGAAGAAAUCCACAGCAAAUUAACGAAAGUCACGUAAAGAAACCCACCGUUUCGUACGAUGCUGCGUUGUAAAAUUACUUUUUUUCAGUACUUAUUUGGAGAUUAUAAAUAUAAAUUUACUAUUUCAUUUCUACAGAAAAAUAGUCAUAUUAGAUUACUGUGAACACUACCAAAAAAAAAGUAUUAAAAUACAUAGGUACGAAAAAAUGUUCAUACUUAUUUGUUUUUCAAUGCAAAAUGUGUACCUAAGUUGUUAUUAAUCAUAAAUCAUUCAGCUAUCUGCAUCUUACGAACUCGCUGCGAGUUUAUAAGAAUGAUAAGAAAAGAGAUGAGUUGGUAAAACAUUGUCAUUAAAUUUCGCUUAUUGUAUUCCCUCUCUCUAAAAAAGUGGCACUUAACUACAAUUAAGUAGGUAUAUAGUACAUAUAGCCGAAGUCUUGUUAUUUUUUAAUUUAAAAAAAAAAACAAAACAAAAAAAAAACACUAAAUCAUUUAGUCACGAUUUAAGAAAGAAAUGUUUUUCUAGCAACGCGAUAUCAUGUCUUUUGCAAGGGGGUUUUAAAAAUUAAACAGCGCAUAUUCACACAUGAUGAGAAAACAUCAUUACAAACCUUGCCAUCUUUUUCAUUGGAAACACCAAUUUCAACAAAUACAUCUGUAGGCAGUGAGGUGGGUACUCAAUGAAAAAAUUAUUUGAACCAAAAAUGUUCAACUGAAUCAUUCCAAAAAAUUAUGAGGUGGCAACUUUUGGAACUAUACCCCUAUUUCAAUUCUAAAACAAUGCAAACACACUAGCGCUGCACCAGGGGUUGCAGCCUCAAUAGCCUUUUCGAGCUUUUUGAACCAAUCAGAUGGCUAGAAACGUUGCGAUGGAGUUGGCCAAUGGAAAAAUGGAACUACCACGAAUUGAAAAUAGUUGGUUGCUGAAAAGAAACUUGAAGUUUUUAAGCAGGACCAUGGUCAAGACUUGAGGAAGAGACCGCUGAUACCAAUCAACCUCGAAGAAGACGAUGUAUUCAGAAAAAGUAAAAGAAGCGAUUGCCCUCUGAACAAAGAAGAAUUAG